AUGGCUGCUGUUCGAGGCGACACGAUCAUGGACGAGGGCACCCCCUACACCAUCACCUCUCCUCUCCAGCACUGCCAGCCGAAGUCUCCCCAAUCUACCAAGAGCUUCAAGGACAAGCAUCUCUUCCAAGGCAUGAUGAGGGCCGAAGUCCUUUUCGGAGCCGGCGCUGAAGUCGCCGGGAUGACGCUCCCUACAGACUUCACAGCCGUCCGCGUGCGGGAUCCCGUCGGAGUUGUCACGUUCAGAUACGUCAUGAAGCGCGUAAUGGCAUUCUCUGCCAUCAAGCCCGGCCACCACACGGUGGUCGCCCUCCUCAACACCCUCGAGGGCGUCCGCCACUUGGAAAUCGCCGUCGACGACCGCCACUUCGCCCGGAACUUUUGCAGCGGCUUCGAAGCGCUCGACGAAGUCAACGGUAGCAGCUACGCUCCCAACAUCGAGAGGAUCGCGGUCCCCUCCUACGUGCCCCGCAGUCCCGUCUCAUCGCGUUACAUGUCCGCCACAGACUCGGCCACCGUCCGCCUGACGUGGCGGAAGCCGACCAAGGAGGCGGUGCUCGUGUACCGGGACGAGGCCAAGGCUCAGGAGCUCAGUCGCCAAAUCUUCAUGGGAAGGCCUAAGACCUUCGGGCCCCAUGUGCGCGCCCUGGUGUUCGACAUGACGACUGGGGAGUUCGCCGUCCAUCUGUGGGUGCUGCCUCUGCACUUCUCCCGCAAGGACAUCACCAGCCGUCUCCCCAAGGAACUCAUUCCGGACAAGAUCAUCUGCACCGAGCCUCGCGGCUACGGGCUCGAGGGGGAGGCCAGGGAGAUGGAGACAAUCGUGCGUCAGAUGGAGCGCAUCGGGCCCCUCGCCUCGGAGCCCUGCCGCGAAGGCGUGCACGACUACCGAACGGCGGGCUACCAAGCACGUUUCGUGGACGAGGCGGACGCUCGGCGCGCCGUUAAGCAGUUCAAAAACACCAUAACGCCCUUCGACCGCAAGGAGAUCAUCAACGUCGAGCUCCUCUUCACGACAACGUUCGUCUUCCCCGCCGUCUGGGCGGGCUUGUACACACUGCUGGCCGAAAAGAUUCGCCUUGUUUACCCCAAGGUCGGCCUCGAGCUCAGGGAAGACGCCGCCUCGCGCACCCUGGUUUUGAAAGCCGUGGGCGAGGAUCCCAAGAGCAUGGCGGGGAUGAGAACGGCCUUCGAGGAGACUCUAGGCCUCAUGAACGAGUCCCUGGAGGCCGGGGUCCGAACGGUCGAGGCCCGCUUUCAAGAAGCUUACCCUACUUUUCGCCUGCGAGAAGGCGAGUACCUGGGCGAGCUCGAAUGCCCCAUUUGCAUGGAGGAGCCGACAAUCCCUAUCCGGUCCAACUGCGGCCACGUCUACUGCAAGGAGUGCUAUGUCUCCCUGGCACAGUCGGCGGCCGGCAUCGGCACAAACGGGGCCAUCAAGUGCUUCGGCGACGAGGGGACAUGCAAGAAGCCGUUCCCUAUCGCCGAGCUCCGGGCCAUACUCCCCGGGAAGUGCUUCGAAACCCUCCUGGCGUCGUCCAUGAGGUCUUACGUCUGCUCCCACUCGCUCGAGCUCCGCUUCUGCCCGACGCCGGACUGCCAACAGCUCUACCGGCCGACGCUCGCGGGGGCCAACGUCAACGCGGUGGCCCGGUGCCCGGACUGCCUCGUGGUGGUGUGCACCGCCUGUCACGCUCCGCACGACGAGAGCGUCUUGUGCAGCGAAGGUCAGGAGGAGGACGACAACGCCGAAAUCCGCAAGGCCCUCGGCGUCAAGCCCUGCCCGCAGUGCAGGACGCCCAUCGAGCGGUCCGGGGGCUGCAACCACAUGGAGUGCGGGGCCUGCCACACCCACAUCUGCUGGGUGUGCAUGGAGCACUACCGGACCUCGGCCGAGUGCUACGGCCACAUGGCAGAGGCCCACGAGGGAGCGUUCGCCGGCAUCGCUGGAAUGGACGUCUAUGGUGGUCUGAUUGAAGAGGAUGAUUUGAGAGACCCUGCCGUGCAGGCUGUGCUUGCCGCCUGGGAUUAA